CUUACCCACUUACCACGCCCAUUGCCAUGCAUGUCAGAUGGGCUUGCCACGCACGCUAUCCCAAAUCGAAUUCAUCCGACGGGAGGAAGCACGUGAAUCAAUUCAAUGGGCAGUUGGGUAUACAUAGAGUUCUCACCCACUCAGUCCCAACCAUGUGUUGACUUUAAGAGGGAGUUCCCGUUUUUAAAAACCCCAACUACAGGAUACUCGUGACUGCGAACUGUCCGUCUGUUACCUCUUUAGUCCGAGACUUCGAGAGCCAGACUGCGGUGGAACAUUUACGACGACGAACAAACAUCACAUAAUGGCGGCAGAACUUUCAUCGCUGACACCGGCGCAGCUGGAGGCGCUCCUGAAUGGGCCGGCUCUACCGCCGCCGCACAAUGUUAUACCAAACUUUGACCACCCGGACAAUCAGAACAUCAUCCCCGGGGUGGUGGUACCGAUAUGCCUAGUACUCGCAUCCAUUGCCUUCUUGCUUCGAUCGUACGCUAGGAUAUUCUGUGUGAAGAAGAUAGAACUUCCCGAUGUCUUGAUGGUCCUCGCUUUCGGUUGCUACUUGGCUGAUAUCUAUCUGGGUUACCGUUUAAAGGCGAAGCCGGGCGCAUUCGUUCACCAAUGGGACGUACGUGUCAAAGACAUGCCGGAUAUACUCUUUCCUAUGUGGCUGAGCAAUAUAUUCUACAUCAUCGCCGUCCUAACCAUCAAGGCGGCGAUUCUACUCGAGUGGGUCCGGAUCUUCGUGCCCUACGGCGUCCGAAACCGUUUCUUCUGGCUCUGCCACGCCGUGCUGGGCAUGAACACUAUCUUCUACAUCGUAGUCCUCUUUGUCAUGAUCUUCCCCUGUAUCCCGGUCGAGAAGGCUUGGAAUCCGAUGUACGCAGGAGGGUAUUGCACGAUUAACACACAGGCUGUCAAUAUUGCAUCCGCGGUGCUGAAUCUUGCCUCGGAUAUCUUCAUUUUGAUUCUACCGCAGCGUAUUAUCUGGGGACUUAAAAUGUCAGCGAAGACGAAGCGAGGUGUCUCCGUGAUCUUCGCAAUUGGUAUUGUAUGCUGUAUUGCAGCUACCAUCCGUUUAGCUUCGGAGAUCCAUUUCACGAAGUCAACCGACGAGCUAUACAACACAACGUCGAUCAUGCUCUGCGCACUAGCCGAGAUGACGUGCAUGUUCCUAGUAUUCGGCGUCCCCAGCGUAGCCAAGAUAAUAUCAGACAGCCACCUACCCAGCCGCUUUGUCUCCUCGCUGCGCUCGCUCAAGGGCCGGUUCCCGCACCGGUCCAGCUCCCGGGACAGCGGCACCGGCGCGCAGUCCUGGCCCGGCUCGAGCAUCAUCAUGGAGAAGUCCCAGGCCAACACGUCGCACUCGUACUACCACAACCUUGAGAGCGGCAACGGCCCCGUGUUCCAGACGACCACGACGAUCGACUCGACGGCACAGCCCAUCUCGUCGGAGUCGAUGGAGCGCCUCAGAGAGAACACGGGGUCCGUCGAGUCCGGCAAGAUAUUACGCACGACCCAGGUCGUGACGCACGAGGACUACGGCGGCGGAGGCUACGAGCGCGAGGGCGCGUCGAUGGACGGGUACGACAGGCAGCAUCCGUGGGCCCGGGAUCGCAUUUGAGAUGAGAUGAUGGCACCAGUCUUAUGUGUUUAUGUAUAUGCUUACAGGAAGUUCAUGUUUGCGUGCUGGUAAAAUAUAUCAGUGCUAUUCUAGGUCUCAUUCCCCAUCCACUAUUAU